GGAUAGCUCAGUUGGGAGAGCGUCAGACUGAAGAUCUGAAGGUCGCGUGUUCGAUCCACGCUCACCGCUCCAAAAGGAAGGACCUAAGUUCCGCCAAGAAUGGCGAUGGUGUUCUUUGGUUCCACUGGCGGCUAUGUCCAUCACCACCAUAGAAAUGUGUCGCUCCAAUCCUCCAGAGCCGCGGUUUCUUCCAGUUUGUUUGCUCCCAGCUCCAGCAUCUCUAAUGGCUACCUCAAAGUCUCGGAGCUCCACACCAUUUACUAUGAGACUUUUGGAAAUCGUUGCGGACAAUCAGCCGUGUUUCUUCAUGGAGGUCCAGGAGCUGGAUGCACACGAAGGCAUGCACAGUUCUUCGAUUCCCAGCACUAUCACAUUGUGCUGUUUGAUCAGAGAGGCUGUGGCAAAUCCACGCCGAAAGGAUGCCUCCAAGAGAACACGACUUGGGACCUUGUGGAUGAUCUGGAGAAGCUACGGAAGCAUUUGAACGUCGAGAGAUGGCUUGUUCUUGGUGGUUCUUGGGGAGCAACGCUGGGACUUGCCUACGCACAAGCUUAUCCACAAGUUGUCCAUGCGCUUAUACUGCGAGGAGUGUGCUUGUUUCGCCAGAGGGAGAUCGAUUGGAUCUACAAACAGGGCGGUGCAAGCUCGAUCUUCCCGUUUUCUUGGAAGAACUUCGUGUCAGUUCUUGAGCCGGACGAACAAAACGAUGUUUUGACGUCGUUCUACAAAAGAUUGACUUCCUCUGAUCCCUCCCGCCAGCUAUCAGCAAGUCGGGCCUGGUUUUCAUGGGAGAUGGCUCUUAGCUUCUUCUCAAUAGAACAAUCGCUCGCUUGGAAUGGAGAGCAAUACUCGAAUCCUUCCGGAAAAAUCCUGAGCCUAGCCGCGGAAGAAAAAACAAAUCAUCAAACUCUUGAGUGGCUUCCUACCGGCGAUGCGAAAAUGCCUUCUCAAGUUGUUCAAGCAAGGCUAGAAUGCCAUUACUCUAUGAGAAACGGAUUCCUGAAAGACCAGCAGCUCUUGGAAGGAGUAAGGAGGAUCAGACACAUUCCUUGUGUGAUCAUCCAUGGUCGCUACGAUUUUGUCUGUCCCGUUGUUAAUGCGGUCGACCUUCACUGCGCGUGGCCAGAGGCUGAGCUGAAAAUCGUGGGAGAUUCUGGCCAUUCCAUGUAUGAGAAAGGUAUAGCAAGAGAGCUUGUUCUAGCUACAAACAAGUUCUUAGCUCGCUAGAGUUGCAAUGGAAAACGUUUUUGCGAAUGAAAGUACCUCUUUAAUCUUA